AUGAUUAGCUUAGAUCCAGCGAAAGCUAGAGAGCACAUCGAUCGCAUCGAUCGCUUUCGCAUUCUGGUCAUGGGCAGAGCCAAUGCAGGUAAAACGACGAUCCUACAGAGGGUCUGUAAUACUACGGAUCAACCAGAAAUUUUUAAUGGGGAAGGAGAGAAGGUGGAUGCUACCUUGGUGCAGGGUUCACUAAAGCGUGGUGAACACAACAUUGAUGAUGAGCUGGUUUUCAAGAGUAACCGACGCUUCGUAUUCCAUGACUCACGUGGAUUCGAGGCCGGAAGUGAAGGGGAGUUUGACAUGAUGAAGGAAUUCGUGAUGGAUCGCGCCAAGACAAUGAAGCUGGACAAGAGAAUCCAUGCCAUAUGGUUUUGCAUUCCUUUGAAUGAAAGCCACAGGAUGGUCACAGCUGCAGAAAAGAAGUUUUUUGAUAUGUGUGAUACAGGGCAUGUUCCUGUAAUUGUAUUGCUAACAAAGACAGAUACCUUGGCCUUGGAUGCCUUCAUGGAAGUUGUUGAUGAUGGUUUGAAUGAAGAUGAUGCAAUGGAAAGGGCUCUGGAGGUAGAAAAAAGGAAGUUGAUGGAGUGUCUCAUAAAGGUCAAGGGUUGGUUGAAUAAGUCAAGGUUUCCACCCCAUGACUAUCUGUCACUCACUGGAAUGCAAGAAGAGGGUGUUGAUUGUACAACCCUACUGACAUGCACAGCAAAUGCAUUAAAUGAGGAAGGACUGCAGCAGCUCCUCAUAUCAACACAGCAAUCUAAUCUAGGACUGUGUAUGGAGUUUGCAAUAACAAAGUGGGUGAGACAGCUGAAGGAUAAGAAUGUACUAAUAUGUGCAAGGACACUGAAGAACUGCAUGCAUGGCAUGGUGGGCAAGGUCACACCAGCAGGUCUUGCAUAUUACCUGUCAAGAUGGUUUCCAUAUGUAAGAAGAUAG